AUAUGAAGAUGUAGAUGUUUAGGGCUAGAGAGGGGUAGUUUCGUCUUUUCAAAGACGAGGGUAAAUUCGUCCGACAGGCCAUCACAAAUACGUGGUGAAAUCACUCCUGCAAAGCCCCAUCCCAUUUCUCACAAAUAAGCUCGAGAAAUUCUUAACAAAUCCUUCACACAAACAAGAGAAAUAUAUAUAUGUAUUAAAAUUCAUCAAAUCCGAAAUUCUCAUCGUCGAAAUCAUCGCAUGGAUUUUCUUAGCUCCGUGAUCCUACGCCGGUAAUUCUCUGUUCAUUGAUCCAAUCACGCCACGGCGGAGCGCGGCGUCGCAUUUCUGCGGUUUUCACAUGCGUCGUGAUUUUUGGCUGAGAUCGAUGAGAAGUGGAGUUCAGGAGGUUUGAAUGAAUCUAAGGGCCAAACUGAUCUUUUGCGAGGAUUUGGUGGCGAGAUUUUUGUGAGAGUUAAAAGCAUCAGAUGAGAAUGGAUAAUUAUCUGGAGUUGAAAUUCUUGUCGGGAGAUUUUUGAUUUAUUUCAUUUGCAGGGCGCUUGUAGCUGGGAAUUGUACGCUUAAGGUUAAACAUUCCUUCUUGCUUGAAUUGUGAAGGUUUCUGACAAACUUAUUUGCAUGGAAACUAACACAUGCAAUGUUAAUCACUUGGAUGCGGAUGCACAUCUGCCACCUCGAAAGCGGCUUCUAGCUGGAUUGAAGAGACAGAACUCUGAUGUUAAUUCCCCCACACCAUCAACUCCUAGUAGUGCUGGGAGCGAACAUGAUGUCCAUCUCAAUAAUGCAUUGAGGUCCCAGUUGAGUAAUCCAAGUCUCUCGAAUGAGGAGAUUGUUGAAGCCUCUAGAAUUGCUGCUAUGAAAGCUGCCAAGGUUGCAGAGGCUGCAAGAGCCAAUGCUGAAGAGAAGGCUGCAAAAGCAGCAAAGGCAGUGGCUGCCGCCAAAAGUGCCUUAGAUCUUGUUGCCAUCCUUUCAGAUGAGACAGGUAACAAAGAAAAAUUUCUGAAAAAGAACAAGAUGAAGAAGCAUGUAACUGUUGAAGCAUUGUAUAACAAAAAUAAAAGCAGUACAAGAACAGAUGAAGAAUUGGCUCGCAAUUUGCAUCGGGUCAUCAACAGCUCCCCAAGAAUUUUGAAGAACUCACCAGGUUCUGAUGCCAAGAGUCACAAGCAUAAAAGGCUGAAAAGCUCUGCUUCUUCUGGGAGAACUAGCAUUACUAAUGGAGUUCAAGUUGGCGAAGGGGAUAGACAGUCUGCAGCAAGAAGCAAUGGUAAUGGUGUAGUAGAAGUAGAGACCGAAAGCCCUAUAAGGAAGAUAGACAUGAUUAUGGUAGAUUUGAACACUUCCAAGCAUGACAACAGCGACCAACUGAAGCUGGACAAUGGAGAUGGAUCUCGCCACAGUAAAACUGAACGGCUGAAGGUGGACGACGGUGAAGUCCUGGAUAGCUUUAGUAGAAAGAGGGGAAGAAUUAAGCAGAAGAAAUUGCCUUUGAGCAUUUGUAGCUUCAAGGAUCAAACUAGUCCAAAAGAGGAGCUGAAAGCUCAAGGUAAUGCCGUGAGAAGUGGCGCGGACGAUCAGCCCUUGUUUUCUAGUAACAGUUUGCUGGGUCCGGUGGAGAGGACGUCAUCGAUGUGGAAGUGCCAGUCCUUCAAAGUACCCGCUUGUGUUAAACAGAAUAAAGUUGUGCAGUCAUAGUGUUGAUAGUUUGAUUUAAACAACUGGAGGCUAUCGUGAUAGGAAUCGUGGCCAAGGUAGUUUCUCAGUUAUGUCUUUUUGGUACGCAUAAGGCCCUUUUUUUUCUUUUUCUUCUCCUCCCCUCCCUGUUUGUGAGUAGGCUGUCAUGAUUUUGAACUUAAAUGUAUAUUGGACUUUGAUUGCUUGGGUAUAUUUGUUGCUGGUUGAGAGAA